AUUCUUCAUGUUCUUUUAAAAGCCUUGGUUGGCAAUUGCAGUAACAAGGUUGAAGCUGAAUUCAAUGGCUUCUCUGUGGUUUCUCAAAUUAGCUCUCAAUUGCAUUGACCAUUUCGCAUGGCCACUUCUUGCUUUGGGGUAUCCUAUGUGUGCUUCCGUACAAGCAAUUGAGACUGACUCCAAUAAGGAAAUGAGAGAUUUGAUCUCAUAUUGGAUACUUCUCUCAUUGUUAUACCUAUUUGAGUAUGCUUUUAUGAAACUUCUCCAAUGGUUCGAGUUCUGGCCUUACAUGAAGCUUAUGAUCAUCUUCUGGCUCAUCAUUCCAGACUUCGGACGAGCUUCGUAUGUCUAUAGUAACCUUAUUCGCGCAUACAUCUUCACAAAACCACAAACAGCCAUAUGCAGGUUAAAUAAAUGGAGGAAGUUUUUUGUCAAGAAAGAAAACUUUUCACUGCUAGCAGAGAAAUAUGUGAAAAAGAAUGGAACUGAAGCAUUUGAGAAACUCAUAACUAGCAAGGACACAAUAGAUAAUCCUGAUGUAGAAGCAACGAAUGCAAUUAGAGCUACUUGUAAAGAAAUGAAACAGACAAAUGGAAAAAUGCUCCAAACAGAGCACAAAGACAUCAAAGAUUUGGAGGUCAUCGAGAAAAAAGAAAUUCCGGCAGGCAAGCAAGAUAUUCCUUCCACACCUAACCUUGCUCCAAGUCAGAAUGCUUCAUCAACCAUGGUGGAAUCUAAAGGAAUAGCAGUGAAAGUUAAAGCUGGUGAAGAGUUUCCUCAGAGUUCUAUACAUAAGGAAGUGCAGAAAGAGUGGACUUGCGCUUUAUGUCAGGUAUCAGCUUCGAGCAAGAAAAACUUGAAUUCCCACCUACAUGGGAAGAAACACAGGGCUGCUCAUGAAGCUCUAAAAGCAAAAACUCAACCUGUUCCUCAGAAGCUGAAAAUUGAUCUUCCCAAAGAAGAAAGGAUACUGAAGAACAUCAUUACCAAACCUGUUCCUCAGAAGCUGAAAAUUGAUCUUCCCAAAGAGGAGCGGAAACAGAAGAACAUCAUUACCAAACCUGUUCCUCAGAAGCUGAAAAUUGAUCUUCCCAAAGAGGAACAGAAACAGAAGAACAUCAUUACCAAACCUGUUCCUCAGAAGCUGAAAAUUGAUCUUCCCAAAGAGGAACAGAAACAGAAGAACAUCAUUACCAAACCUGUUCCUCAGAAGCUGAAAAUUGAUCUUCCCAAAGAGGAACAGAAACAGAAGAACAUCAUUACCAAACCUGUUGCUCAGAAGCUGAAAAUUGAUCUGCCCAAAGAGGAACGGAAACAGAAGAACAUCAUUACCAAUCAGCUAAGUAACAAGACCAAUAAGGGAGAGAGUAUUGUUAACAUUAGUUUGAAGGGAAAUGCAGUCAUGGAUCAUAAUAAGGGGCAAGAAAUGCAAAAGAUCCUGUCUGAAUAUGUUAGAGUGAAGUAUUCCAAUUUAAGGUGUGAAUUUUGUAAUGUCCGUUGCACUAGUGAGGGUGACAUGGCCUCUCACUUAAAUGGGAGGAAGCACUUGGCAAAUAUUAUGGGGGUAGAUGAGUUUAGAGGUAGUUGAGUUUUCACUAAUGGUACAAAUGCUGGAGUAGUUUAAUUGACAAUAGGGAGAUUGUUUGAAAGUUGAAAGGAAUUUGGGGAACAGAACCUGUAUCGUCUAGUAUUUAUUCUGGUUGUUGUUCCACCUUGUUUCAGAGGAUUCAUAAGUAUAUCCUUCUUUAUGACAUCUUUUUUUAACUUCUAAGUCACUACAUAGCAGGUUCUUUUGCUGGGACAGUUAAUAUUUUGAACACCUCAUUCCCAUAUCUAUACUUACAAUUAUGAUUC